UCCUCGGAAAUGCCCAGUGGGAACAGCCAAUCGUCUCACAGCUCAAGCGGAUAUCACAGCCUGCCAGGCUUGCCCAGACGGCUUUAUCAGCUCAGAGACCAGAGCGGGGUGUCGCUUGUGUCCAGAUGGCUAUUUGUGUGAUCCACACAGUGGUUUGCAGAAGAGCUGCAAUCCUGGUCAGUACUCACCUGAGGGAGAGCUGGAGUGUUGGGAGUGUCCCCAAGGAUACAUCUGCCCUGAUGGACGAAACAGACAGCAUUGUUCAGCUGGCCAGGAGCCAAACCCCAGCCGCACACAUUGUGUAACCUGCACUCUCGGCUCUUUCUCCACCAAGGAAGUUCUGGGAUGCCAGCCCUGUCCAGCAGGCCAUUAUUGUCCUCACAUUGGUACCAUCCAGCCUCUCCCUUGCCCACCUGGUUCCUGCACUGAUGCCCCUGGGCAGAGUGACUGCCAAAGGUGCAAUGAAAGCUCCUGCUGUUUGGAUACUGUGGGUCAGAUUCAACAGGACCGUGAACCCGUUGAAUCACCAGAAGGCCUGCAAUGCCAUCCAUGCCCAUCAGGUCACCUUUGCUCUGAUGGAUUUACAGCCCCUCCAUGCCCAGCAGGGAGCUUUGAGCCCCGAGAGCAGUUCUGCAAACCCAGCGAUGGCUCCUCAUGCUUGCCAGGAAUCAGACAGUGUCUCAAGUGCCCCACUGGGUAUUUUUGCCCUGCUGGUGCCAGUUACCCACGCCCAUGCCAGGCGGGUACAUAUAAUCCUCUCCAGGGGCAGGAUGAUGCCACAGACUGUAGAGCCUGCCCAGCAGGUAGAGUUUGUACCCAGGCUGGCUUGCCCCAGCCAGACUCGGAGUGCAUGGCUGGUUAUGUGUGUCCGGUGGGGUCUUCCAGCCCUCAUGCUCCCAGCAACGCCUGCCCUCCAGGCACAUUCAGCAACCAUCUCCAUCUUUUUGAUAAGUCUCAGUGUGAAACAUGUCCUGCCAGAUUCGUCUGUACGAGAGGAACAGGGGGGAAGCAGAAGCCCCCUGUCCCAUGUCCAGUUGGUCACUACUGCCCCCCAGGCACAAAAUAUCCAGCUCAAUACAAGUGUGCCCCAGGCACCUGGAGCAAUAGGACAAGCCUGGCAUCAGAGGAGGAGUGUUUGCCCUGUCCUGCAGGCUGGUUUUGUGUGACAGGAGCUCAUGCGCCUUCAGGGAGAUGCAGCCCUGGAUAUUACUGCCCAGAUGGUACACGGACAAGCACCCAGUUCCCCUGUCCUGCGGGAACCUACAGUACCAGGCUGGGAAAUGGCCGAGUGGAAGACUGCACUGCCUGCCCUGUGGGAUCCUACUGCACAGAUGGGACCUCCAAGCCAACUCUAUGCCCAGUAGGAACUUAUCGCAAGGAGCAAGGAGCAAAGGUGGCUGAAGACUGCGUCCCCUGCCCUGGAGGAUACUACUGCCCUGACCUUGGCACUGUGGCUCCCCAAGCAUGUGGUGCUGGCAGCUUUUCAGACCCAGGCUCUGCCUCCUGCUUGUCCUGUCUCGUUGGACAUUACUGUGCUGAUGAAAUCACCAGCAGGGAGGCCAUGCUACUUGCUAUGGUUUGCCCUGCAGGCCUGCUGUGCCCCGAAGGACAGGCAGUCGCUCCAGAUGCCAACGGAAAUGCCUGCCCAAGAGGAUACUACUGUCCCCGGGGUGACAUUGACUCUCAUGCUAGACCUUGCCCUAAUGGAACCUACAGCGAGCAGAAGGGUCUGGGCAGAGUGGAUGAAUGCUUGCUAUGUCCUGCAGGGAAGUACUGCUACAGGGAAUGGAGAGAGCCCCGAGGAAUUCCCCAUCCAACUGGAGACUGCCCCCCAGGAUACACGUGCCCCCCAGGGACUGGAUUCCCCUUCUCUUUUCCCUGUCUGCCUGGCUUCUACUGGGAUAGUUCUGCUGUGGACGGAGGAAAUACUUGCAAACCGUGUCCUGCAGGGUACUAUUGUGACUCUCCUGCCAUGACACAGCCCAAAACUUGCCCAGCUGGUUCUUACUGUGCCAGAGGUAGCUCCCAUCCUGAGCCCUGCCCGGAGGGCACAUACGGUAGCAGAAAGGAGCUGGCUGCGCUGCUGGACUGCAGCCCGUGCGGAGGUGGGUUCUACUGUGCUGGCCAAGGACAGACAGGCCCCAGUGGCCUCUGCGAGGCUGGGUUCCACUGCCGGGGCAGAGCAGUGACACCAUUGCCCACAGAUGGGGUGACAGGUGAUAUCUGCCCUGCUGGAGCGUACUGCCCACCUGGCUCCCUGUUACCUACACCCUGUCCUCCAGGGACUUACAGUAAUGUGAGUGGGUUGAGGAGCCUGAAGCAGUGUUUGGACUGCCCACCUGGGCUGUACUGUGAUGGGACAAACAGCCAAGCUCCCACUGGACCCUGCAAACCUGGCUACUUCUGUACUGGAGCUGCCAAGACUGCCCUUCAGCAUGUGGCCAUGGAGGGGCAUUAUUCACUGGCUGGAGCUUUCAGCCCAGAACCCUGCCCUCUUGGGAGUUUCCAGCCUGUCCUUGGUCAGUCUCUGUGUAGAGAGUGCCCAGAGGGGACGUUUUGCAAUCAGACUGGCCUGGCUGAACCUGUGACUUGUCCCAAAGGGUAUUACUGCCCAGCUCGGAGUAUACUGCCUCUCCCAUGUCCUGUGGGCACUUACACCGACAUACUCGGUGCCAUGGGGACAGGAUCCUGCAAACCCUGCAUGGCAGGCAUGUACUGCAGCACAGCUGGUCUGGCCAUGCCUGAGGGACUGUGCCAGCCAGGAUAUUAUUGUGCCCAAGGGUCCAACAGCACCUCACCCGUUGGACUUCCUUUUGGUGAUCUUUGCCUAGCAGGCUAUUACUGCCCUGCUGGCACAAAACACCCAAGUGAGAUGCCAUGCCCUGCUGGUACCUGGAACGAGAGAAGGGGAGCCCAGGAUGCCAGCUGGUGUCUCCCCUGUCCCCCUGGGUUCUUCUGCAAUGUGGCAGGCCAGAUUUCCCCUACAGGGCUUUGUGCACCAGGCUAUUACUGCACAGGAGGGGCAUGGACCCCAAGGCCAGUGGAUGCUGUGAUGGGGGAUCUCUGUCCUGAAGGACACUUCUGCCUUGCAGGCUCAGCAGCACCCUCCCCCUGCCCAGAUGGGGAAUACAGCAAUGCAACAGGGAUGUUUUGUGGAGAAUGGGGAUUAUCCUCUCCGAGUGGCCCCUGCUGGCCAGGAUUCUUCUGCACAGCAGGAGCCAGUGUCCCAAACCCUGAUGGAGCCACAAAUACAAGCACUGGAGGCCCAUGCCCACCUGGGCAUUUUUGCCCAGCUGGUACCAGCAUCCCAUUGCCAUGCCCUGUGGGCACAUUCUCGGACAGACUCUACCUCUGGCUGGAGUCAAGCUGCACUGUGUGCCCGCCUGGCUAUUACUGCAGCUCAACCGGUCUCACAGCUCCCUCAGGAUCCUGCUCAGCCGGCUACUACUGCCUAUCUGGAGCCUCCUCCUCAUCCCCAGCAGACAUAUGGCACAAAGGAGGCCCUUGCCCUGUGAGCCACUUCUGUCCAGAAGGGGCCAGCUAUCCCCUUCCCUGCCUUGCAGGAACUUAUAACAACCUGAGCAGGCAAGCUGCGUGUUCACCUUGUGCAGCUGGCUACUACUGCCCUGAAAACACCACCAGCUACCAUGCCUACCCCUGCCCACCUGGCUUCUACUGCCCCAAAGCAACAAGGUUCGCCACUGAGUUUCCUUGCCCCCGGGGUUAUUAUAACCCUGACCCCAUGACCCAGAGCCUGGAUAGCUGCCUACCCUGCCCCCCAGGGCACUACUGUGGGAAGGAGAAUUUAACAGCCGUGUCAGGGAAGUGUGAUGCAGGCUGGUUCUGUGUAUCGGCUGCAUGGACUGCACAGCCCUUCGACCUGGAUAAUUACACCAAUGCCAACUGCCUGUGUCCAGCCACUGCCACCGGAGGGAAGUGCAUGGCUGGGUUCUACUGCCCUGAGGGCAGCCUUGAGCCCAUUCCCUGCCCUCCGGGGUUUUACUGCCAUGCGUCAGGUCUGUCUGAACCCAGCGGGAAAUGUGCCGCUGGGUUUUAUUGCACAGGAGGAGCAGCCAGCUCUAAACCAACUGACGGUGCUACUGGGAAUAUCUGCCCCCUGGGCACCUACUGCACUGCAGGGUCAACAAUGCCCAGGCUCUGCCCACCUGGUACCUUUUCCAACCUGCUAGGGCAGAGCAUGGUUUCUGAGUGCCAGCUUUGUCCCUCUGGAUUUUAUUGUGAAAGUUCUGGCCUCAGUGCCCCCAGUGGAGAGUGCUGGGAAGGUUACUACUGUGACAGCAGCCAAGGGCCAGUCAGUGAUUUCACCCUUUACCCAUGCCCUCAGGGCUUUUACUGCCCACCCGGAACACACCAGGGAACUCAAUACAGCUGUCCCCCAGGUACCUUUGGUCCCAGGCAGAAGCUGAAGAGUAUCCAGGAAUGUCAGAGAUGCCCACUUGGAAAAUACUGUGAGUUUCCUGGUCUCUCCGCCCCAACAGGGGACUGCACUGAAGGAUUCUGGUGCAAGGGAGGUGCCCGAGUAAGAGACCCAAUGGAUGGAGUAACAGGUCUCCCAUGUCCUCCUGGGCAUUAUUGUCUUGCAGGUACAGUGAUUUAUUAA